AUGCCUCGUGUAGUGCACAAGGCACAUCGCCGUUCCAACGGCGCCUCAACCCCUCAGAAACAUUCUCCUAUCAAGGUUCCCCUCAACGAUGAUAUGGGCGAGAAAGCGGCCCGGAAAGAGGCCAGACAAGCCCUUCACGACCGCCAGAUGAACCAGAUCAAGGCCGCCGUCAAGACCCCGAUGCCUCCCCGCCGCUACACAAGUUACAACCGCGAAGGGAGCGACAGCCCCGCAACGCCUCGAGGAUCCGGUCACCGCGGUCGCGAAAGCGACGUUAGUGGACGCGGCGUGACACCAAUGAAGCGAGUGCCGAUUCUGGCCAACUUCGAGGAAUGGAUGAAGAUGGCAACCGAUAACAAGAUUAAUGCGAACAACUCCUGGAACUUCGCCCUUAUCGACUACUUCCACGACAUGUCAUUGCUGAAGGAAGGUGACGGUGUCAACUUCCAGAAGGCCAGUUGCACCCUCGAUGGGUGUGUGAAAAUCUACACCAGCCGAGUGGAUAGUGUCGCCACUGAGACCGGAAAGCUCCUGAGUGGCUUGGCCGAUAGCCGCGACAAACGGGGACGUGAAGCCGAUGCUGAAGGAGAGGAAGGAGACGAAGACGAGGAGGGCGAAGAUGGAGGCACUCGCAAGUCGCGCAAGAAGACUCGCUCACAUGAGGCUACGCUGGCCCCAUCAUUCGGAUCAUUACAACUGAAGAAAUUCGAACUGGAAUUUGCUGUGGAUCCCCUUUUCAAGAAAGCGUCCGCGGAUUUCGACGAGGGUGGUGCUAAGGGUCUACUUUUGAACCACCUCGCCAUCGACGGACACGGAAGAAUCGUGUUCGAUAGCAGCGAUGAUGCUGUGGAUGAUAACGCCAAGACCGACGAGGGUGACCGCGAGGGAACCGAAGACCCUGAUGCGCAAGCAGAGGAGCAGUUGCAAGCCGAGCAGUCACAAAGUACUCAGCCGCAGGCCAGCGAAACAUUUGAGGACGACCCGAACAUCGACCUUGCUACUCUGGCAAACCAGUUCUUCCCCGACUUGGAUAGCUUGACCGAGCAGGAUAUCUGCCCUUCCCUCAAGAACUUCGAUCUGGGCGAUCCCAGUGGAUCCCUGGAUAUUCCUCUUCUCAAGGCCCCCGAGGACUGGCGUCAGGACAAAAACAAUGAAGGCGGAAUGGACGAUCCUUCCGGCAUCAUGCUUGAUGAUGACAAUGCGGUUGGUUUCGACGACGAUGACGGGACUCUGGCUGGGUUUGACCUUAGCGGCGAUACUGGGUUUGGUGACGGUGGUGAAGCCUGGGCUCGAGAGGCAGCCCUCGAACCGAUGCUCAAGGUUCAUCGUAUGGAUCAGGACGGCGAUAAUGCCGAUGAUGAAGAAGAUAUGGACGAGGAUGCCUACGCCAUUUCUAUGUCUCACCAGCCUAGCAAGCAAGAUCACGAGAACAUCCUGAGCUACUUCGACAACGCGCUAUCCAAGAACUGGGCUGGACCUGAACACUGGAAGAUUCGAAGAAUCAAGGACCACACCGCAGCCAACACCAGCGCGGCACCAAAGCAACGCAAGGAAAAGGAGCCCUUUGAAAUCGAUUUCGGAGCGCCAUUGGAUCCAUCUGUUGCAGAGCUGAUCUACACCCCUGCCAGCUCCAAUUCCGCAAUCUCCCUGCCCAAGACACAAUGGAAGACAAAGGGACGCAAUCUGCUACCCGAUGACAAGCAUUUCAACUCCCGUCAGCUGCUUCGCUUGUUCUUGAAGCCGAAGGCCCGCAUGGGCUCGAGGAAACUUAUGAGUAGACGAGCGAACAUCAGCCGGCCAGACCAGACAGCUGGCAAUGGUGAUAUGGAUGAGGCUUUCUGGGCCAACCACAAGACUGAAGACGUUGAUGACGAUGGUGCUCCUGGUGCCUACGAUGCCAACUUCUUUGCGGAUGACGAUGGUCUUGCGUUCCCUAACGGCAUGGAUCUAGACGAUGAUGAUGACAACCUUCCAUUCGCUGAUGCGCGGGAGAUGCUCUCCCCACCUACUGAUGGGGCUGCCGGAGCGGCAGCUGGCGAUGCCGGUGGCGCUACCGGUCUGUCCGCAUUGCUGAAUAUGGUCGGCGCGACACCGAGCAAGGGUGGGUACGGCUCACAGCUGGUGACUCAAGGUGCACGCCGUGCCCGACCCGACUACGUCAAUUAUGCUCGUGUGGCGAAGAAGGUGGAUGUCCGAAGACUCAAGACAGAGAUGUGGAGGGGCAUGGGUGAACGACUCAUUGCCGCCUCCGAUUUCGCCUCAGCCUCCCAACCCGGUGCUGUCUCGAGCGAACCUCCUGCUGAACCCGAGAGCGAGGCCCACCCGACACCACCCACGCCCACCCAAGGCAGCCCCGAGCAGCCCGCCGAUCCUAAGGAAGACGGCCGACUUCGAUUCACGAAGAUCAUGAACAAUCUGAAGGCGGUCUAUCCUGCGGAAACAUUGCGUGAUAUCAGUACAUCAUUUGGCUUUAUCUGCUUGCUCCAUUUGGCCAACGAGCAGGGCUUAGUCUUGGAGAGUGAUAUCAGCAAGAUCGCCAGUGGCGCCAGCACUCUGGAAGAAAUCUUCGUUAGCAGGGAUGUUCAUGCUGUUCUUGAAGAGGGCAGUAUGUGA